AAAGCCUUUUAGCAGUAAACAUUACAAAAAAUAUAUAUAAAUUUAUAGACAAAAAUAACUAUAAAAAGUUACAGUAAAUAUUUGCAUACAGAAAAUAUUUAUUAAACCAAUAUUCAUAGAUAAUUAAAAAAAAUUAAACUCAAAAAUGAGUGGUGUUUUACGACGAGGGUCCUUAAAUUUCGAUUUGGACUCGUAUUCGAAACGUGGUAGUGUCGAAUCAAAUCUAUACGGUGGUUAUCGCGAUGUCAAAGGAUCUCGUACACCCGAAAUAAGUGUUGUAUCGUUAGAUUUCCGCCGACAUUCAGACGAUCUUAAAAAGGACUCUUUCAAAGUGAAUAAUAAUGAGCUGACCGUGGAAAAUGUCCUCAAAAGAAAAUGUCUCAGUGACGAUGUGGACAGCGAUAUUAUUUCCAACUAUAUUGGCCACUAUGGCAAAUGGAAUUUUAUUUGGACAUUGUUAUUAAGUUUAUUUCAAAUUCCUCCAACACUUCAAAUGUUUGCCUUUGUUUUUCAGACAGCCGAUAAAGAUUUUUGGUGUGCAAGACCCCAACAAAUGAAUAGUAUGGAUGUAACAACAUGGAAAAAUCUCACACAAACCACAGAUUCCUGUUCAAUUUUAAAUAUCGAUUAUAGUGAAAUGAGUACUUUGGAUUCGCUAUUAGAUUAUAUUAAAACACCGCUACAAACCUUAAAUUAUACAUCAUGUAAUGAAUUUGAAUUUUCACCUGAUGAUAGUGAAUCAAAGACAUUGGUACAGGAAUUCGGUUUAGUCUGUUCGAAACGUCAACUAUUAAGUGUGGUUGAAAUGUGUUUUCUAGCUGGAGCUGCUGUUGGUAGUGUUUCAAGUGGUUGGAUAUCUGAUCGAUUUGGUCGUAAGCAGACACUUAUGGGUUUUGCAUUUGUUCAGACUACGUUUGGUACCAUUUUGGCCUUCUCAUCUUCUUUAGCUAUGUACAUGACACUACGUGUUAUAAUUGGAUUCGCUUCAAUGACUGUGGCAGUGGUUAGUUUCGUGCUUGUGGUCGAAUUGGUCUCCGGCAAAUGGCGUACAAUUAUUGGCAUUUUGAAUAUUUUACCGGUUGCAGUUACAUACGUACUAACAGCAGGAAUUGCAUAUUUUAUACGAGACUGGCGUACGAUGCAAUUGGUAAUAUCGUUGCCAUGGUUCUUUAUUUUAUUCAUAUGGUAUUGUGUACCAGAAUCGCCCAGAUGGCUUUUGGCUACUGGUAGACUUGAAGAAUUAUUUGCCAUUGUUGAAAGAGCGGCUCGCAUUAACGGUACCACUUUGCCCACAAACUAUAAGAAGUCCUUGGAAGCAGUGGUACCACGACAAAAUACAAUUGAAACAGUUGAAGAUGCAAAAAUACCUAAAAAUGAAAUAAAUCCAAUUUCGGCAACAACAACAACGAACAAACCGACAGAAGUGAUAACAAAUGAUGUCAGCCCUUUGGUCGUGGUAUUUAGUAAAGCAUAUUGGCGUACUACGUGUUUGACUCUUGUCGUUUGGUUGACACUGAUUAUCAUUUACUUUGGUUUAACUUUACAUCUGAGCAAUUUGGGAGGCAAUAUAUAUGUAAAUACGGCCAUUGCGGGUUCAGUGGAAGCUAUUUCAAUUUGUUUAAGUAUUUUUGUUGUAUUAAAAUUGGGUAUACGAUUGAAUUUAAUAACAUACAUGUUGAUACCGGGCAUUUGUUGUUUGGCCACAAAUAUCGUACCCAAAGGAGAUGAAAAUAAUAUUUAUAUUAUUGCUCUAGCUAUGAUUGCAAAAUGCGUUAUUGGUGCCAAUAAUGCCAUCAUACCGACCUACACUGCCAUGCAGUAUCCUACAGUUGUGCGUAAUUUUGGUGUUGGAAUGGGUAAUCUGGCGGCAGGUGUUGCUUUAAUACUUGUACCAUAUAUGUGGCUCUUAGAACAUAUUGAACCAUUGUUACCGAUGAGCAUAAUGGGUGUUAGUGGUCUAAUUGGCGCUAUAGCUUUGGCCAUGAUGAAAGAUGUUGAAAACUAGAUAUAUAUAGCAAGACAUUACACACACACACUCGUAACAAUUAAAUAUUUUUAAUGCAUGCAAAUCGAAAAAGCAUCUGUGAUAUAAACAUAUUUAGUAAAUUGUAUUAGACAUAUUCGAUUUAAAUUUUUAAAAUGAAUUUCAGGAAGACUUACAGAGCUUCAAGUUUUUAAAAGAUCACACAUAAUGACUUUAAAUAAUUAUACAAUUUUAAUUACAAUUCAACUUUAAAGAAAACAAUUUGAAAUUCCAAGUCGUAAAACAAUUUUAACGAGAAGAAUUCAAUGUCAGAAAAGAAAUUGCUAUAAAAAAUAUAACGAUUAGAAGUUUUUCUUUAUAUGAAUAGUAUUCCAAUUAAGAACCUAUAAUAUUUAAGCCAAAUGUCUAAAGUAUGCUUUUUAUAGUUUAUAAUUUUUUAAGUUACAUAUUACUAUUUUUUAAUUUUCAGCAAUUUUGAAUUGUGUCGAAUUUUUGGAUAAAUAACCGUAAACGUAGUUAAUUUUAAGUCAUUUGUAUUCUAAAUAGUUUUCUUUUAAAGCACUAUUAUUAAGUAUUCUUUUUAAAGAUAUAAAAUUAAAUUUUAUGUUAAAUUAUGUUAUUAUAUUUUGUUAUAUUUGUAUGAAUAUAAAUGUUUUAGUUCCCACCAUCAAUCGAAAUUAAAAUUAUUCACAACUAGAGUUCACUAUAAGCUAGUUUUUAUAAAGACACUUAAACACUUAAGUAUGUCUGAUUAUUGAAGUUUAAUAUCACAAAUUUAUUUGUGGUCUUCUAAAUUACAACAAACAUAGACCAGACGGACAUAGCUUAAUAUACUUCACUAUCUACAUGAAUCCACAAAAAAUAUAUAUGGAUAUGUGGUAGUGUACUUAAACGAUUAAUCGUCGAUAGGUUAUUUGAUAAUUUUUUGAAUUUUUGAAACGCUCGAAUAAAUGAAAAUUGUUUAAUUUCAAAUCACGAAU